UUUAUCUUCUUCUUCUUCUUCUUCUUCUUCUUCCAUGGCACUAACAAUGGAAGCGGUGCUCUCUUCUUCAGCCGCUCCCACCGCCACCACCCAAACAAUCUCAGCUAAAAAUCUCCCAAUUCUCCCUCUCAGAUUGUUGUCCUUUCACACCAGUUCUAACUUUUCAUAUUACGCGUUGAGGACUGCCGGAGCAGCAAACGCUUCAGCCGCCGCUAAUUCGACCGCCCCUUUGGGUGAAAUUAGUACUAAUUACGGCAAUCGCCAUUGGAUGGUGCUCGUGGAAGCCCCUCCAGGAAAACCCAAUGUUAAAUCCCUAAUAAUUGAUUACUAUGUCAGGAAGCUUGAACCCGUUUUGGGCAGUAAGGAGGGAGCUCAGAUGUGCAUAUACGAUGCUUCCUGCGAUACGCAUUUCGGUUUCUGCUGCGACAUUGACGAAGAAAGAGCUUACGAAUUAGCGAGUAUACCUGGGGUAUUAUCAGUUAAGCCAGACCCUGAUUUCGAUUCAACGCAUAAAGAUUACAGUUCUCCAAAGCUUGAAUUCAUUACUGAAUCGAUCCCUUUCUAUGAGAACACGUUAUUGUUUCCUGCUGGUAAUACGAAACGCUGGCUUGUCCGAACGGACAGGCCAUCGAUUGGGGCCGUUAGAAAGGCGCAAAUGGUUGAUUAUUAUGUCCAAGUCUUGAUGAGGGUUUUGAGGAAUGAGAAAGACGCUCAGAUGUGCAUGUACCAUGUUUCUUGGGAAUCUAACUACGGGUUCUGCUGUGAACUAGACGAUGAGUGUGCUCAAGAGUUAGCUGAUGUGCCAGGUGUUCGAUCUGUCCAGCUGGACGAUAAUUUUGGAUCGGAUGAGAAAGAUUAUGCAGGUGAGAAUAUUAGAGCCUCGGAAGAUUCUUCCGCGUCAAUUCUAACAAGCAAUAUCAAGACAAAGAAGCUUUUUGUGACUGGUUUAUCUUUCUAUACAUCCGAGAAAACCUUGCGCUCAGAGUUUGAAGGUUUCGGCGAUCUUGUUGAAGUUAAAAUCAUAAUGGACAAGAUCUCAAAGAGGUCGAAAGGCUAUGCUUUUGUAGAGUACACCACCGAGGAAGCUGCAUCCACCGCCCUCAGGGAAAUGAACGGAAAGAUCAUCAAUGGCUGGAUGAUAACAGUUGAUGUUGCUAAGGUGAACCCUCCGAAGUAUAGCAGGGGCCAACCGAGACCUACGUUUUGAUGCAAAUUUAUUCAAAUAUUUCCAGGAAUAAUAUAUGUUUCUAAAUGUAAUGCCAAAUCGAAGGGGAGAUACGAGAAACUAUUGUAUGUUGUAUGUAUCAACAUUGGUAUAGAGAAAAGGUGAGAUUAAUUAUAUAUAAA